GGGGCGGGGCGCCGAGAAAGACCCGAGCCCGCAGCCCGCCGCCCAGAACUCGCAGCGCCUCCGCCGCCGGACGCACGGCCCUCGCCCGUCCCGCGAACACAUGGUGGACCCCGCACCAAUAGGUGGUGAAGAUCUGGAAUGAUUGUCCUGUCCUGGCGGAAGGCAAAAAUGUCCAGCCCUACUGAGACCGAGCGGUGCAUCGAGUCUCUGAUUGCUGUUUUCCAGAAGUUUGCUGGAAAGGAGGGUAACAACUGCACACUCUCCAAGACAGAGUUCCUAACCUUCAUGAAUACAGAACUGGCUGCCUUCACAAAGAACCAAAAGGACCCUGGUGUCCUUGAUCGCAUGAUGAAGAAACUGGACCUCAAUGCUGACGGGCAGCUAGAUUUCCAAGAAUUUCUUAAUCUUAUUGGUGGCAUGGCCAUAGCUUGCCAUGACUCCUUUACAAGGUCUACCCAUUUCCGGAAGUGAAUCAGAGGGGCUCUUGGGCCUUGGCCUCCAGACCACCUCUUUCCUUCAAAACAGCCUCCCAAUCAUCACGUCCUCCUCACAUCCUCCACGGACCCUGAGCGCAGAGCGUCCACCACCCCCUGUGCAGGCCAGUCCUGCUGGUAGUUAAUAAAGCAAUAGCGUUUUUUAAAGCACA